CACACUGAGCACUCGUGCACUCGCUUCAUCGGCUUUUACUGCACAGUUUAGCCAGUGAUUUUACUGUGACUGAUCGUUUCACGUGCACUCCUAUUUUUUCCCACAUCAUUUCGCUUCUCUGACCACUUUCUUUAUUUACACCGCAGGCACCCGGUGCGUUACUUUUCUGGUCUGACUUUUUUUUUAAACGGAAGAUGUUUUUAAUGAGAUGCAAAUUGCGCUGCGGUUGACUCCGAUGUUGCGCGUCGCUACUUUUACAGAAGUUUCUUCAGUUUCAGAAUAACAUUUUCCCCUGCCGCAUCCUGGCGCGAGGUUGCGUGCAGCGCGCGACGGAUUAAAUGGAUUAAUUACCACAUCUUCACCUCAGUUUUCCAACAACUGGCUUAUAUCGAGUUUGUUUGGAGGCGCGUAAUUCAACGGGGUUUUAAAAAUGAGCGAAAUAAACACCGAGGAGGACAGUCAACAAGAAAACGAGUGUCUCAGCGGCAAGGACUCGGACCGUCAACUUCGCCUGAGAUUGUGCGUUUUAAAUGAGAUAUUGAACACUGAACGGGAUUACGUGAGAAACUUGGCAUUUCUGCAGUCGGCUUUUCUUCAGAGGAUUAGACAAACUGCAGAAAACCAGCAAUGUCUGACUCAGGAGCAGGUCAAGGUUUUGUUUUCCAACAUCGAAUCCAUUUUGGAUGUCCAUCGCGACUUCCUUUCCACUCUAGAUGCCAGUUUGCAGCCUGAACCCCAGGCGCAUCAUUCUCUCGGACAUGUUUUCCUCCAGUUUAAAGUGCGUUUUUCAGUGUAUGGCGAAUACUGUAGUAACCAUGAGAAAGCACUCAGACUACUGAUGGAGCUCAACAAGAUCCCUCACAUACGGGCUUUUCUGCUGCACCUCAUGUUGUUAGGUGGUAAGAAGAGCACAGAUGUUCCUCUUGAAGGGUAUCUCCUCUCGCCUAUACAGAGGAUCUGUAAAUACCCUUUGCUAUUAAGGGAACUUUUGAAGAGGACUCCUAAGAAGCAUUCAGAUUACCCUGCAGUAGAGGAAGCCCUGCAGGCCAUGAAAGCUGUGUGCUGCAACAUCAACGAGACCAAGCGGCAGAUGGAGAAAUUAGAGGCUCUUGAGAUAUUACAGUCACACAUAGAGGGAUGGGAGGGAACAAACUUGACUGAUAUUUGUACCGAACUGCUGCUCCAAGGCAACUUGUUGAAGAUAUCAGCUGGAAACAUUCAGGAACGAGUCUUCUUUCUGUUUGACAACCUCCUAGUCUACUGCAAGAGGAAGUCAAGAGUGUCAGGGAAGAAAUCCACCAAAAGGACGAAAUCCAUCAACGGGCCGCAGUAUGUGUUCAGAGGCCGCAUCAACACUGAGGUCAUGGAGGUCGAGAAUGUGGAAGAUGGAACUGCGGACUACCACAGUAACAACUACACAGUGACCAAUGGCUGGAAGAUCCACAACACGGCCAAAAACAAGUGGUUUGUGUGUAUGGCCAAGAAUGCUGAGGACAAGCAGAAAUGGCUAGACGCCAUUUUAAAGGAACGUGAACAGAGAGAGAGUCUGAAACUGGGGAUGGAGCGUGAUGCCUACGUCAUGAUUGCAGAGAAGGGAGAGAAGCUCUACCACAUGAUGAUGACCAAGAACAGACACCUCAUCAAAGACCGCCGCAGGAAACUCACCAACGUGCCCAAGUGCUUCUUGGGAAAUGAGUUUGUCUCAUGGCUGCUGGAGAGUGGAGAGAUCAGUAAAGCUGAGGAGGGAAUCAACCUGGGUCAAGCUCUUCUGGAGAACGGCAUCAUCCAUCAUGUGUCAGAUAAGCACCAGUUCAAGAACGAGCAGGUGUUGUACCGCUUUCGCUAUGAUGAUGGCACUUAUAAAGCCAGGAGUGAAAUGGAGGACAUCAUUUCAAAGGGAGUGAGACUUUACUGUCGUCUCCACAGUCUCUUCACACCUGUUGUCAAAGACCGAGAUCAUCAUCUAAAAACAUUUAAAUCCGUCAUACCAGCUAGCAAACUGGUGGAAUGGCUUGUUUCACAGGGUGACAGUACAAGUCGUGAAGAUGCAGUGACCCUCGGUGUUGGACUCUGCAAUGCUGGUUUCAUGCAUCACGUUCUGGAGAAGAGUGAAUUUAAAGAUGAGUCACAGUUUUUCCGCUUCUACGCCGAUGAGGAGACGGAGGGCACGAGCUCCAAGAGUAAACAGCCUCGCAGCGACUUCAAACUCAUCGAGAACAUCCUUGCCAAAUCUUUAGUGAUCCAUCCUGGAGAAGAGGAUUAUGGGUUUGAGAUUGAAGAGAAGAACAAGGCCAUUAUAGUGAAGAGUGUGAGCAGAGGAUCAUAUGCAGAGAUGGCAGGCUUGCAGCCGGGAAGAAAGAUCUACUCCAUUAAUGAGGACCUGGUGUUCCUGAGGCCCUUUUCUGAAGUGGAGACCAUGAUCAACCAGUCUUUCUGUAUACGCCGCUCACUGAGACUGCUGGUGGCCACCAAGAACAAAGAGAUUGUGAAGAUCCCAGAUGUUCAUGGCACCCUUCCGUUUGUUCUCUCUGGAUCUUGUCCACCUCACGUUCAUGCAGUGAAGAAAGGCUCGGAAGCAGCAGCAGCAGGUCUUCAGCCUGGUCAGUGUGUGCUUAAAGUCAACGGCAACAACAUGAACAAGAGCGGCUAUCAGGAAGUCCUGGAGCACUUCAGUGGCUAUCAGCCUGUUCUGGAGCAGCAAGACACUAGCUGUGGUCAGUGGGCGUACCGGGUGUAUGAGGAUGUGGAGGAGCAGAUGUCUUUCAGAGGUUGUGAGAAUGGCUCAGAUUCAGAGGACGGCUGCACUAAUGGAACAGGCUCUGUGAGAAGAUUGGAGCAGUUGUCCAUCUCUGAUGAUGGUCCUUUGGUCAGUCUGAAUGUGGACAAUGUUCAUGUUGAACAUGGGGUUGUGUAUGAGUACGUCAGCCCAGCAGGCAUCAAACACUGUGUGCUGGAGAAGAUGGUGGAGCCCAAGGGCUGCUUCAACCUUACUGCAAAGAUACUGAAAGCUUUUGUGAAGGAUGACAGUCUAUUUGUGAAGAGCUGUCGGCAGCUAAUGGCUCUGAAUGAUAAGGUGGUGACGAUGCCACAGUUUGAGUUUCGAAACAUCUGUGACACCAAGCUGGAGAGUAUAGAUAAACGCAUUAGCAGCUACAAACAGUUUGUGGAGGAACUGCAGACGAAUGCCUGGCCCACGUUUAAGCAGGCGAGCACUAAACCGCACAUUCUGGGCUGCAUGGACUUCGUCCCCACCAACUGUCACCUUAACCUGAUGCAGGUGUCCUGCCCGAAAAAUACCUCCUCAGCCGGACGGGCCUUUAGCAUCCGCUUUGGUCGCAAGAACUCCUUCUUCGGGCUUGAUCCUGACCAAGCGAACCUGAAUCCCAUGUCCCACUCUGUACACUGUGUGACCAGCAUGGGGGCUCCGUCCUUCAGUUGCCAGAGUUUCAAUGAAGAGACUGAGAAUGGUGAAGGGAACUCAGAGGACAGCAGGAAGCAUGAAGAGGGAGGUCUCAGCUUCCUUCUCAAACAGGAAGACACUGAGAGCCAGGACAAUUAUAUUUGCCUCUAUAACCGCCUGGACAUUGCAGUCAGAGAGAUGAAGCAAUACGUGGCCCAGAUAGAUGUACUUCUGUCGUCGAUAACUGGACCAACACAACCGCAGGGCUCAGAGCCUCCAUCAUUCGAAAGCGGCCCCUCAACUUCCCCCAUUCCAGAGGAGACAGACCAAGAUAAGACUGAACAUGGCGGAAACAAGAGAGUGUGUUUCAAAGUGAACGAAGAUGAUCAGGAGGACUCUGGACACGACACCAUGAGCUACAGAGACUCGUACAGUUUUGCAACCUGCUGGUCAUGCUUCCAUUCUUGGCUUGGGGGCCCUAAAUUUGGCUGCUCCUCUCGUUGUGGGGUGGAGAAAGGCAGCUUCUGCUACUCUUCUACAGUACCUCUAGUGGGUAGAAACACAUCUGUGCAUUACCAGGUGGAAGGCAGUCGGCAGGCCAUCAGGGUGACGAUGUUCCUGGACAACUGUCAUUUCAGUGAACUGCCAACACGACUGCAGAACGGAGGCUCUCUGAAGCUGCAAUCAGUCCUCUUCACUAGAGGGCUGGAGAAGCCAGAAGGUGUGUUGUCUCAGGAUUUUGUUACCAUGGAGGAGUUUCAGCAGCGCACAAAUGCUCUCUCACUGGAGAAGGUCAAAGGUUAUUACCGCAAACUCAGGGCUUUUUAUCUAGAGAAAUCUAAUUCAGACUCGAAUUCCACUGCCAUGAAAAUAGACCAGCUCCUGCGGCCGCUCAACACUCUGGAUGACCUGUGUCGGCUCAUGCAGACAUAUAUGAAUGUAAAGGCUGGCUCUGCGGGUCAGCCUUCAGGGGUCAGUGUGCUGCUGGUGUCCUCUGAGCUCUGCAAUCGCCUCGGAGCCUGUCAGAUCACCAUGUGUGCCACCGGGAUGCAGAGGUGUACUCUGACUGUGUCAUUGGAGCAAGCAACUAUUCUGGCCAGAAACCACAGCCUCAUGCCCCGCUGCCUGAUGCAGACCAUGGACCUCAUGCGUAAACAGGGCACCAGGGUGGAGAUUUCUGCCAAAAACCUCAGAGUAAUGGACCAGAUGCCGCCUUUUGCUCCCAGGCUCUUCAGGUUAUGUUUACCCCCAUCCGAUGGAGACCUUUGAACACGGUGAUGUUCUUCUCUCAGACCUUCUAGAAACUGAGAGACAUCAAGACUGGUUUAUUAUUUUGAGAACAUCUCAACUUCUCCCGGCCAGCUUUACCCAGAGACGUCCGUCUGAGGUCAAUGACGCGAUGGGGAAAGACAACUCGCUAAUGCUAACGAUGCUAAUCUUGGCUAUCAGCGUCUGCCCACAUUGUUUGGUCUCCUGGUGGAUCUGGACUGGCACGUGAAUGGCUGUAUUAUCUCUUCCUUCCUUCCUUCGCCUUCGACUGCAAUAUUGAGUCAGCAAGUAGGGUGGUUUGGUCUGGAUGGUGAUGUCACGUUCAGAUACGUGGUGAUUAUGUGCAAUUACUGUAGCUUAGCAUGAGUGUGUCUGCACUGGGUCAGUGAGAGCUGGUGCGUUUCUCUCACUCAUAUCAGGUGUUAAAGAAAAUACUGAAAUCAUUCCGGCCUGCAAUACACGGACCAGUUUCCAUCUGAAUUCGCUUACAGGAUCACAGGGAAACUCAAACAAUAAACAAAAGUAGGAGUGCGAAAUUUCACGCUAAUCACAAUGUUGAUAUUGAUUACUAGGAGAACACAUAUUAUAUUAAUGCUCGUCCCUGGUGUUAUAGCACUUUUUAAGCAUGACUCAGUGCAGUGUUAAGAGUGUGAAUCGGCGUCAUGCAGCUGUUUGGAGAAAAGCACAAUAAAAGAAAGCUUGUGUUCUUUAGUGUUUUGUUAAAUAUACUGUACAUUGUAGAAGAAACGCAAAGGGAUCCUUUGAAAAACGAAUAGAUAUAGUAGAAUUUUAUUGAAGUUUUGUUUUUAGGUAAAUGUAUGUAUCAGAUGGAUAAGCAUAUGCUCUGUGGGAACAGCAGUGCUAUAAUUUAAAGAGUAUUAAUAACGUUAAACAAAUAUAAUAUUGUACAUCUUUCAUUUUGUAUACUUCGUGUAUAUUUGGAUAGGAAACUUUAUUGUGCUUUUACACAAUGUGUUCAGUAUUUAAAUUUCUAACUGGUCAGUAAACCAAGAAGGUCUGGAAAUUCGAACGGUGUACCUGGAUUAGUUUGGAGUAGUUAAGCUAGUAUGUACAGUACAUACAGGCUUUUGUUAUAUUUAGUUACCUUCAGUAAUUCUGACACUUGGCAAUAUUUGCUUAAUUUGAAGUAAAUAAGGUCACUAUAGUGUCAAUAAUGCAAAAAGCAUCAUCUUAUUCUGACAUUCACCUUGUUUGUAUUAUAGCUCAUAACGCAUCUCUCUCUGUUACAUUUCAGCAUGGAAGUUAGACAAUACAACAUCAGACCAUGUUGUAGUUUUACAUGUGAUGAUAAAACAUUGUAGAAAAAAAAUAAUACUUGAAUUUAAGCUAAUACAUAUCGUUUUCUCAUCAUAACUGUCCAAAGUGAAGGCUAAGAUGCAGAAUUAAUUCAGUAUUAAUUGGAUUUUAACAUUUGAUUUGGUCCUCAAACUAUAAACAAGUGUUUUUAAUCCUCAGAAUCUAUACAUUUUAAAUCUCCUCGUCUUUAAAUCACUUUAAAUCUCCUUACUGUGCUUUAUGAAGUCCACACAAAACAUUUCUGUAAAUCUAGUGAAACCCAAAGACGUAGCAUUAGCAUUAGCAUGUUCCUAUCACUGUAUAUUAAACUCUUAGGUUUUCUGUACCAUCUUGGUCCAUUAUUAUGCGAUUAGCUUCCCCUCUGAAUAUGAUCAUGACUAAUUUACCAUCGCUAAUCAGUCAGCUCGAACAUGAACAUGAUAUGCACACAUUGAAGAUUUUAAACUGCUGAUCUGUCUACAGUACUACUUAAAGUAUAUAUUGCCAAUUUUAACAUGCCUCGGUUUCAAGUGUACUUUCAGCUCAAAGAGCGGAACAUUUUCAGCGGUGCUCACAAAACAAGCCUUUCUUUUGGGGGCCUUAUAGUUUAUAGUCUUUAUCUCUGUUUCGUUUGUUUGUUUCAUUUGCAAAAGCCUUUUUUAAUCUUCCAGAUUUUGAUUGUUCCUAUUAAUAAGAGCAGUUUAAUCAAACCUCAGCGGUGGAGUGAAGGAGUGGGUCUAAUCUGCAUCUGCAAGUAUUUAACUUAUAGUUUUUAUUCAUGUUUGACUGUGAAGUCUCACUGUGUCCUCAUUUGUGCUUUAUAAGUAAAUUAAAUGGCUCUUAAACUUUUUCCUGCUGGCGAUGUUAAGCAUAUAUCCAGUUGUUUUAACUCAUUGUAUAAAGUUUUCCUUUCCGAUGAUGUGUUAUUAGCUGUAUGUCUUAUGAAUAGGUUCUCCAAGAUUGCACCUUCAGGCAGAACUGAGGACCUGUGCUAAAUCAUUGGGUCUGGAUUCUCAGGAUUGUCUCAUUACAGAUGUAAAAAAAAAAAUGCCUUGUACCCCAAAGCUCAGUGUCAUUUCUCAUUUCCCAAUGCAGCCCUGAUAACCGUGUGGUGGUUUUAUAGCACCCUUCGGUCUGACUGGCGUAAUUCAUUAGAUCUCUCAGUGAAGCUCUGCUAGGUUUGUCUCUUUGCUGUAUUUAAUGCAUUGCUAAUAUCAAACAAAAUAAAAGAGUAUGUUUAUAAUUUA